UCAACCAUACAGAUACUUAAAAAUUCCCAUGUUCAAAUUCCUUUUGGUACAGAAAACUUCAAAUUCCGCAUCUUUCAGUUCUUAAAAAGUGAAAACACCCCCAUUUAUGCAACGAAGAAUAUGCGUGAUCUGUGGCGAGGCGCCGCCGUUGAAGGACGCGAAGGGCAACGAGGCGUUUGCGUAUCCCAAAACGGAGGAGGAGGCCAGGAUCUGGCAGGCCAGCAUGGCCGCCAAGAACUGCUGCCUGGAGAGCAUCCAGAACCAGUGCUGCGUCUGCGUGCAGCACAUCCCCGACUUUGUGAAGCGGGCCAAGAAGAUCGGGAGGCGGCAGCGGAACCUCGAGCGGGAAAAGGAGCUGCGCCGCGAGAAGAGGGCGGAAGAGGAGGCGGCUACCGGCUGCCAGUGUCCCGACGAUCGAGAACCCGGUCCGGAACGACCCUCGGUCAAUGUGCUCCUCCUCAACGGAGCCUCACUGCCCACGUACUGCGGCAAGGGACAGUCGUGCGUGAAUCUGCGACCACUGCCAUCGGAAGACGGCGACUCCGAGUUGAAGAUAACCAAGCGGCUGAAUCCCACGGACUCGGACACGGAGAUCUUUGUGCAGGAGUCGGAGUUUAAGGACGCGGGCGGUACCUUUCCCGACAUCGAUGGCACCGAGGUCACCGUUCUACGCACGCCCAUGCAGGAGGAGGAGAAACUGCAGCAUCAUGGGCAUGAGCUGCAUGAGGCGGAACAGGAGCAGGGCCCGAGUGUCAGGAGGCGGCGCGACAGCUGCCUGCCCGGCUGCACGGAUGUCCUUCUCCUGGGCCGCGGCCACCAUCCCACGGACGAGUGUCCCUGCCAGUGUGACCAGUGCUCGAAGCCCUCCGGCUUGGCCAAGGAUGAGCCCUGCUGCCAGCCGGAAUGCUGCCCGGUGGAACACAAGGAGUACUUCACCCAGCCACCCUGCGGAUGUGAGUGUGAGCAGCAGGUGCGCCGGGAGCUGACCAAGGUCAUCAAGACGCAGGGCAAGAGGAUUCGGGAGUUGGAGGACAUACUCUGCCGGCAGAACAGCCUGCGCACCUGUCUGCAGCGGAAGUUGGAUGAGUUGUACUGCGAGUUCGGGCGUCUCGAUGAGGAUGAGGAGAACAGAUCGCGACUAACAUGCCGGGGAGGUGCCCCCGAUUGUAUCGGUAUGAUGAAGCCGGUUCCGGUCCCUCCUCCACCUCCCCCACCACCAGAGGAACCUCCACCGCCGCCUCGAAGACGAUUUAGCCGACGCUUAACCCUCCAGAAGGCCAAUCGGGAGAUGGCUCUGCCCCAGAAGGAGGAGCCAAAGGUGGAGCCGAGGGCGGAGGGGGAACGGGUCCAUUGGUUUUCGGAGAGAAACGACCAGACCGUGGACUUCACCCAUCGACCCCAGUGGGUCAAUGUGCCGGAUGAGGAGGAUAUUGAGUCGGAGAGCAGGAUAGCGAUUCGCUUUGGCAAGAACAACACCUACUUGGUCUCCAACAAGAAAUCAACCCACUCCACAUUGUCCAAUUCGCAGACCAACUCUGAUUACGCCAUUGCCAACAGAUCCCGUACUUGAUGUGCCCUCCGUAUACCCGUAUACCCAUUCCCCCGUACUUAUAGCACCCCCACUUUGGCAUCUCCCUGUCCUGUGCAAUCAUGCAAAUAAAAAUAUAUUCUUUU